CUACAUUCGCGAGUUGUAGUUGAACCACGUGCACGAUGAUGAAACACCGCCGUACGCACCAUGAGUGAAACAACCCCCGAAAUCGCGUAGAAAAAUCGACGAACAUCCAGCCAACAAACAUUCGACGGAACAACGAUGGGCAGUGACGGACGGCAGAACGGCGACGCCGCCGGCAGCCCCGCUAAGGACGACGGCACCGUCAAGCUGAAACGUAAAAUCACCCUCAUGAAUGGGGUUGCGUUGAUCGUCGGCACGAUCAUAGGCAGCGGCAUUUUCGUGUCGCCGGCCGGCGUCUACGUCGAAACGAAGUCGGUCGGUCUGUCGCUGAUCGUGUGGUCGUUGUCCGGCGUGUUCUCGACAUUGGGGGCCCUGUGCUACGCCGAAUUGGGCACAUCGAUCACACGAUCGGGCGGCGAUUAUGCCUACAUAUACGUCGCCUUCGGACCGCUGUGCGCCUUCCUGAUGCUCUGGGUUUCCCUGCUGAUCAUACGACCGACCACCCAGGCGAUUGUUGCGAUCACGUUUGCCGAAUACGCGGCGAAGCCGUUCUUCCCUGAGUGCAAGCCGCCCGAAAACGCGGUCAGAUUGUUGGCCGCCGUCUGUUUGUGUCUUUUGACUGCGAUUAAUUGUAUGAGCGUAAGAUGGGCUAUGAGGAUACAAAGCGUCUUCACCGCCGCCAAAUUGUUCGCUCUCAUCAUGAUCAUCCUGUGCGGAAUAUACCAGAUAUUUGCAGGUGAAGCGGACACGUUCAAAAAUUCCUUCGACGGAAACUAUGACGUGUCGACCGUCGCCCUCAGCUUCUACUCCGGUUUAUUCGCCUUCGGAGGAUGGAACUUCCUCAACUUCGUCACCGAGGAGCUCCAAGAUCCGUACAAGAAUUUGCCCAGAGCCAUUUGGAUAGCUUUGCCCCUGGUGACAGGGGUGUACGUUUUAGCCAACGUAGCCUAUUUUGCUGUGUUGACCGGAAUUGAAAUGGAAAGCUCAGUGGCUGUAGCUCUUACAUUUGGCACGAAAAUUUUCGGUCAAUUUGACUGGUUAGUGCCGAUUUUCGUGGCACUUUCGACCUUUGGUGGCGUAAACGGCAUUUUGUUCACUUCCGCAAGACUGUUUUUAAUUGGAUCUCAGGAAGGGCAUUUACCAGAUUUCGUAUCUUACAUCCAUGUCACCAAAAAUACUCCAAUCCCCAGCUUAUUGUUCACGUGCGUUACAUCAUUGGCAAUGCUGCUUAUCAGUGACGUCUUCACAUUAAUCAACUACUACGGACAAAUUUUGUGGCUGUCCGUCGCAGCAAGUAUAGCAGGAAUGUUAUGGCUUAGACACAAAAAACCGGACAUGCCACGGCCUAUUAGAGUUCACACUUCCAUACCAAUUAUAUUCUUGUGUUGCUGCGCCUUUCUAGUAAUUUGCCCAAUUCCACGACAACCGUGGAACACUGUCGUUGGAACUGUCAUCACGCUUACUGGUAUUCCAGUUUAUUAUUUAUGUAUUGAGUGGAGGAAUAAGCCCAAAAGAUAUCACAAAUUGCUGAAAUGGAUUACCGAGUCCGUGCAAACUAUUAUGAAUGUAACGUCGCCUGAACAGGAACAAGCUUUAGAACAAUCUUAAUUUUUCUAUUAAAUAUAUAAAAGACAUUUAUCAAUGUUGACCAAUAUACUAUAAUAUAGGUAGGGGUAAUAUUAAAAGUAUUAAUAUUCAACAUAUUUAUUGAACAUAAUUUAUUAUAAAAAUUAAACAUGUGACAAUUACACUUUUUA